UCAGGUCAUCUCUGUGGGGACUUUGGACAGAUGAGCAUGCGUUAGGUCCACCAUGGAGUUCAGCGCGUCAUCCUUGUUUGACCAGCAGAAAGAUUCAGCUGAAGAAGUGGAUCUCAACGUGGUUUACCAAGCAGCGGCUAAUGGGGACGUCAACACUUUAACAACCGCCAUACGAGAGGAUCCGUCCAUUCUGGAGUACUGCGACGGCGAAGGCUCCACCCCUUUGAUGCAUGCAGUGUCGGGAAGGCAGGUGGACACUGUGAAGCUGCUGUUGAAGAUGGGCGCCUCCAUCAACACCCAGGACGCCUGUGGAAGGACUGCGCUGUCCCUGGCAACGUACCUGGGAUGGCUGGAAGGGUGUGUGUGCCUGCUGAGAAAUGGGGCCAAGCAGAACAUCCCAGAUAAAAAUGGCCGCCUGCCGCUUCACGCAGCCACAGCGGAGAACGACGUCAAGCUCAUGGCUGUGCUGCUGCAGCAGUCCACUGCGUGUGAAAUCAACCACCAAGACAAUGAGGGCAUGACUGCUCUCCACUGGGCGUCUUUCCACAACCGUCCUGAGCACGUGCAAGCUCUUCUGCAGAAAGGGGCAGAUCCCACGCUGGUGGACAAGGACUUCAAGACAGCCCUCCAUUGGGCGGUACAGAGUGGCAGCAGAUUAAUGUGCUCUCUUAUCCUGGAACACCAACUGGGUUCUUCGGUCAUCAACUAUGACGAUGAAAAUGGGAAGACCUGCGUGCACAUCGCUGCUGCCGCAGGUUACAGUGACAUCCUCCACGAAUUGUCCCGUUUUGCUGAGACCAACUUGCAGGCCUUGGAUGUGGAUGAGCGGAGCCCUCUACAUUGGGCGGCAGCAGCAGGGAAAGACGAAUGCGUCCAGGCCUUACUGCAGCUAGGCGUGGAGAUGGGGCCAAGGGACAUCAACGAGAAUACACCUCUCACAUAUGCAAUGUACUGCGGCCACACUGCCUGCAUUAAACUCCUCUCCGUCGACAACAGAUCCGACUCAGCCAGACAGACGCCUUCCCAGGGAAGCGACCCGGCCCAGAAAAAGGAGGGCAAGUUCCGCAUGCUCAACCAGAUCUUCUCCUGCAAAAGGAAGAAGGAGCACCACGCCGCCCGCCAGAGAGAGCCAGGCCACGGCGGAAAAAUGAGCGAGGAGACCUCCGAGGUGGACGACAUCAUCACCAUGUUCGACUGCCUGGCAGACCCCUCCUCAGCCAAGGAAGCUGGAGACGAGGGCACCAAAGUCGGGAAACGGCCUUUGGACGACACAACACGAAAGCUCAGUCCACUUGACAUUCGGACAGCGAAGGAUUACAAGAGCCUGCCUCCUAUACGGACACAGAGUCUCCCUCCCAUCACUCUGAGCACGUCUCUGUUGGCCAGCUGCCAGAGCGCUGUGCAGCAGAGUCACGCGACAGAGCCGAUGGUCAGCCACUUCGCCCACCGCUCUCAGAAAAGCAAGAGCGAGCACGACUUGUUUGACAGAAGGCCAAAAGGACAGCCGUCGAUCGGUCACGCCUGGAGGACCGAAUCCAACAAGUCCAUUUUGACCCACAAGUCCUGGAUUUCACCUCCAACAGAAAGGCUGCGGGACAAGCUGUGCCGAGAGACUUCCGAACCUAUGGAUAUCCUCUGCCCACACCAAGCCUUGCACACACAGAAGAAUGAGCAAGGUCCAAAUACCCAACUGGUACCGCUGGAAAGGUUAAAAAUGAGGGAGACUGUCCUGACCCGAAACUGCUUGGCCCCAAUCCGCGACCACUGCACCCAGCGGUUCUCCUUGCCACCGGAUCAGGUCUCGAAGGGGGUGAAGAAGUCCAAGUCUCUGCCCCUAAGCACCAUGGGACGAGGACAAGGUGUUCUUCCGCCUCCAGUGACCUCCAAGUCCCAAAGGCCAGGGAUCCCCCAGAGCCACUCACUGAGCUCUUUUCUGCCCAUGCUGAACGGAGACCCUCUGCGGAGUGUACAGGUGCUCCCCGCCAUCCCGUCCCAGAGGAAACACAGUCCCACCUUGGGCAAACCCAAAACAGACGCCCAUAGCAAUCUGGAAAACAGAACGUGAUGCAAUGUAUGUGUUGGAGUAAAAUUUACUGAGACCUAGUCUUUAGCUAGCAGCAAGCUAAGCGACAGGUGGCUCUUAUUGUAAAAUGAAAUAUUGGAGUGAUAUUACUGUAUAAAAUGUCAUGGUACUGGAAACAAAUGUUUAACGGUAAUACAAUGACUAAGUACAUCUGAAGGAAAUGUAUGCUACAGUAAAUUGCUCCAAACUUGGCCAACAUUUGUUAAUAAACAACAUCUUAUUUUUACACGUUUAUACUGUACCUUGAAGGCAUGCACUGUGUACCUAUUGGUUUUCUUGCACAUUGAAAUCAAGAAUUUAUGUUGUCAUGUGAAUGUUUUGCAAAAAUAAUAAAAUAUUACGUACGUAU